GAACGCAAGAUGCGAAGUCCUUAACGGACUCGGAACUCGGGACUCGGGACUCUCCAUUCUCGAGAGUCGGGACUCGAAGGAGGAAGGAAGGAAGGGAGCGGAACGUUCGGAGGACACUACAGUCCCGUACAGGUAGUAGAGUACCCUGGACUCAAGUGUCGAAAGCUCGGUCGGCAUUUUUAAGAGUUCAAGUGAGUGGCACUGUAUUUUCCUGCUUUUCCGAAAUUCGGGUCUCUCGAUUGCAACGCAGUCUAACGCACGCCCGCCCGCACGCACGCAUGGAAUCAAACGAGUUCUGGCGGGAAGGGGAGCGAUUGGUGCAAUUGAAGCCCAAGAGGACGAGAGAGGGGUCGAGAGAGGGCAUGGGGGAUGCCAAUUCUUGUAGCAAAUAAUUGGAGUUCCGAAAUCUCUCUCUCCCAACUGUUGUUGCUCUCCUUUGAGAUUGUGCUCCUACUACUCUGCUCGUCGUGGAUCACGGCAGUCAUGCGUUCGGAGCUUCAGAUGUCGAGGAAAGGAGGGAGGGAGGGAGGAGGAGGACUUGGAGUUUUACCACUCCACUCCAGGAAGGGUUUUAUAAUCGUGUACUGUGGUGUCAUGUGCUGUGUCUGAACUUUUGGCUUCGGAUGUCGUCGACUCGCGAACCAAUAAAUGAAUGUGAGUAUUUUGCAUGUGAAGUCCAUGCCUGUGGGCUCCUCCGAUGAGGUUCAAACACUGCUGCUGAAGUUGCUGCUGCUGCUACGAGGGAGGGAUUGAAUGCGUUGUUGACCCGCCAACACGUGCCGACGAUUGUUUUCCACGACGAUCGAUCCAAGAUCGACUUCGAAGGCUACGGUAGGCACCAUUCAACGUUCUCGAAUCGCCAUAAGUCAACUGGCCCGUAGCAAUUUUGCUCACGAGCACAUGCGCUACGACUUCCGUCGCUCUUCUUCUUCUUCUUCUUCUUCAUCGAUUUCAGUUUUCCUCUACUCUAUUCGUGGAGCGACGACUGCACAAGAGGGCGACCGGAAGUCGCUGAUCUUCAUCGAUCUUAGCUUUUCCUCCUCCUCUGGUCUCGUUGCUCCACGACCGCUGCAGAGGAAUCAGCCAGAAAAUCGAUGCUUCAUGGAGAGGCCCAAGGCGGCAUCUAUCUUCUACCGAUGCUCGAAAGCGUCAACAGUGAUCUGCAGCGACUGUGCCGAGGAAUUUCCCAUGUAUGAAAUCGUC